AUGAGUGCUGCCGAGGGAGAGUUUGAGGGACUGCAUUUGCAAGUCGAGGACCCCGGUGUGGUGUGGGAAAAGGUGGAGAUGCUGGGCGAGGGCGCGUAUGGGUAUGUGUUCAAGGCCCGCCACCGCAAGACGGCCGAGGUGGCGGCCAUCAAGGUCAUCCCGCUGACCGAUGGAGGGGUGGGCCUGGCAGCCAUCAAGAAGGAGGUGGCUAUUCUCUCGGCCUGCGAUCACUCGAACAUUGUCAAGUUCUUUGGCUCGUAUCUCAAGGACAACGAGCUGUGGAUCGCUAUGGAGUACUGCGGCGGCGGCUCGGUCCAGGACAUCUACGCUGCGCUCCGCGCCCCGUUUCGCGAGGACCAGAUCGCACUCAUUCUGCGCGAGGUCCUGCUUGGUCUCGACUAUUUGCACUCGCUCAAGAAGAUCCACCGCGACAUCAAGGGCGGUAACGUGCUGCUCACCGAGCACGGUCAGGUCAAGCUCGCCGACUUUGGCGUCUCUGCCCAGCUCAACAACACCUUUUCAAAGCGCGUCACCUUUAUCGGCACUCCGUACUGGAUGGCGCCCGAGGUCAUCUACGAGGAGGAGACCUAUGACGGCCGCGCAGACAUCUGGUCUCUGGGCAUCACAGCCAUCGAGAUGGCCGAGCUCGCUCCGCCGCACGCCAACGUCCACCCGAUGCGCGCCCUGUUUAUGAUCCCGACCGGCCCGCCGCCGCGCUUCCGCCAGCCUGCCCGCUGGUCCGCUGCCUUUCGCGACUUUGUCAAGCGCUGCCUGACCAAGAACCCGGAGCACCGCCCCACCGCUGCAGAGUGCCUACAGCACCCGUUUGUGACCAACACCCGCCACCGCGCCAUCCUCCUCGAGCCGAUAGAGCGCGCCAAGCGCAUUCGUGCCCUUCUCGCUGCCAACAUUCCGCUAGACUCGCCCGAAAUGCGAGCAGCACUUGCCGAGCCAUCGCCGGGCCUCCUUCCGGCACUCGCCCCAACACCGGCGCCGCGCUCGCCUCCGCGCUCGCCUCCGCGCUCGCCUCCGCGCUCGCCUCCGCGCUCGCCUCUGCGCUCGCCUCUGCGCUCGCCGCACCACCCAGCUCGCGACCACGCGGCAAAGGCGUCGCCAGUCUCGUCCUAUGAGCCGUCGUUUUCGACCGCCGACUCACUCUCGGACGAGCUUCUCCACGACUCGGCCUCGGACACCCUGCACUCACACGACUCGUCGGACACCGAGCUCUUUCGCGACUCGCUGCGAGAGGUGGUCAAGACUGCGCGUCAGCUCGAGUCAGAGGCCGCGGCGCGUGGUCCAGUGAGCGAUGCCCUGGCGGUCAAGUACCAAGAAGCGGCCGGCGCUGUCAGUGCACUACAGGCGUCGAGCCAGGCGCAGGAGGCCAAGAUGCAGACAACACUCUCGGAGCUGGCCGGCCUCAAGGCGCUGUACCUGGAGACGUUGACCAAGCACCGCUCUGCUGCGGCCGACAACGCCCGCCUCGCAGCCAAGCUUGCCGCUACCGAAUCGGCCCUCGCCGCCGCUGAAGCCCGCAACCUCGAGCUCCACCAGGCCCUCGCCGCGCCCACCACCCCGCCGCAGUCCAAGCCGUCGCACACCGCCCUCCUCGCCCGCAACAACGAGCUCACUGCCGAGCUCAACAACCUGCGGACCGAGCUCAUGCUCGCCAACCUCGAGGUGCAAAAGCUGCGCAUCCGCAUCGGUCUCAACUCCGCCACCGCCGCCGCAUCCCCUGCCUCGCCUUAA